GCCGCGGAGGAUCGUUUUAAAGGGCCCGCGUGCCUUCGCCGCCGCCGCCGCCCCCUCGGCCCGCCAUGCUGCUGCCCGUGCCGCUCCUGCUGUGUGUCCUCGGCCUGGCUUCGGCCGAGCCCGUCGUCUAUUUCAAGGAGCAGUUUCUGGACGGGGAUGCCUGGACCAACCGCUGGGUCGAAUCGAAGCACAAGUCUGACUUUGGCAAAUUUGUCCUCAGUUCGGGCAAGUUCUACGGUGACCAGGAGAAGGAUAAAGGACUGCAGACGAGCCAAGACGCCCGAUUUUACGCCCUGUCGGCUAGGUUUGAGCCCUUCAGCAACAAGGGCCAGACGCUGGUGGUACAGUUCACUGUGAAGCAUGAGCAGAACAUCGACUGUGGGGGCGGCUAUGUGAAGCUCUUCCCGGGAGGCCUGGACCAGAAGGACAUGCACGGAGACUCUGAGUACAACAUCAUGUUUGGUCCGGACAUUUGUGGUCCUGGUACCAAGAAAGUUCAUGUCAUCUUCAACUACAAGGGCAAGAACGUGCUGAUCAACAAGGACAUCCGGUGCAAGGAUGAUGAAUUCACACACCUGUACACGCUGAUCGUGAGACCAGACAACACGUAUGAGGUGAAGAUUGACAACAGCCAGGUGGAGUCCGGCUCCUUGGAAGACGAUUGGGAUUUCCUACCGCCCAAGAAGAUAAAGGAUCCUGACGCAGCCAAGCCAGAAGACUGGGAUGAGCGAGCCAAAAUCGAUGACCCCACAGACUCCAAGCCUGAGGACUGGGACAAGCCUGAGCACAUCCCUGACCCCGAUGCCAAGAAGCCUGAGGACUGGGAUGAGGAGAUGGAUGGAGAGUGGGAGCCACCAGUCAUUCAGAAUCCUGAGUACAAGGGCGAGUGGAAGCCUCGGCAGAUUGACAACCCGGAUUACAAAGGCACAUGGAUACAUCCAGAAAUUGACAACCCUGAAUACUCCCCUGAUGCCAACAUCUAUGCUUAUGAUAGCUUUGCCGUGUUGGGCCUAGACCUCUGGCAGGUCAAGUCCGGCACCAUCUUUGACAACUUCCUCAUCACCAACGAUGAGGCGUAUGCAGAGGAGUUUGGCAAUGAGACGUGGGGCGUCACAAAGGCUGCCGAGAAGCAGAUGAAGGACAAACAGGAUGAGGAGCAGAGGCUUAAGGAAGAAGAGGAAGACAAGAAGCGGAAGGAGGAGGAAGAGGCAGAGGACAAGGACGAUGAGGAUGAAGAUGAGGAGGACGACAAGGAGGAAGACGAAGAGGAGGAUACUCCUGGCCAGGCCAAAGAUGAGCUGUAGAGGCCAUGCCACCUUCUUCCAGGGCUGGACUGAGGCCUGAGCGCUCCACCGUAGAGCCGGCUGCGCCAAAUAAUGUCUCUAUGAGACUUGAGAACUUUGAUUUUUUUUUUUUUCCAGGCAGUUUCAGAUUUGGGGUGGAUUUUGGUUUUGUUUCCCCUGCUUUUUAAUUUUUUUUUCCUUUUUCCUCUUUUUUAAAAAAACAAAACAAACUGGUGGGUGUCUUCAGUUCUCCUUAACACCCCUCCCCAGCCUUCCAUUAUUCUAGAUGGACAUCUUUUCCUCCUGUCCCCUCUGUGCCCCAUUCCUUAGUCACUGCUUUCCAGCCCCAGGGAGCAAAGGUGUGGAAGAGAAGCCCUAGGCUUGAGGUUCCAUCUGCUCCUUACUGGAACCCAGAGGGGAGCAGGAGAAAAGGGGUGGCAUCUCGCCCCCCCCCCAGCACUGAAGAAGAAAGGGGCUCUUUCCCAUCUGUUUUCUCCCCUGCCCUCAGGACUGGGCCACUUGAGUGGGGCAGUGGAUUUCAGCUCAGCUCACACUGAGAAUUGUAAGAACUACAAACAAAAUUUCUAUUAAAUUAAGUUUUGUGUCUUC